AUGCACCGACCAAAGCCGUGCAAGUUCUUCUUGCAGGGCACAUGUCGCAACGGCGCCGCCUGCCGCUUUGCCCACGACGGACGUGGCCCCAGUAGCGGCUUUGGCGCCCUGUCGCAGUCCACGAGCUCGCGGCUGCCGCCAGCGGGUGUCGCGAUGACAGAGGCAGGACGGGCGCUGGCGAUCGAAGAGCUCCGCCAUCCGCCUCGGUGGCCACUGUCAGGUUUUGCCGUCACAAAAGGCCUGCCGAGCGUAGUCGCGGGCGACGUGAGCUGUGAAGAAGCGCGAUGGGAAGCGUACCAGGAGCUCUACACGUCCGGCAGCUGUGUCCAGUCGACGCAGAAGCUACACGCACUGGCAGCCGAGCAGCAGAUACAGCGGCAGCGGGUCUUGUCGCUGCUGGAGGACCACCAGUCGGCUCAGAAGCUGUUCAAUGGCGAGCCCCUGUCAAGUGCCGCAGGUCGACCGGGUGGGGUCGCCAGCCCCUUUGGAGCAGAGACUGGUGUGAAUGCCAACCCAUUUGGAGCAGGGACAGGGAUCAACCCAUUCCAAGGUGCGUCGUCGCCGUUUGGUAGUGGCACUGCUGCUGCUCCGGCAUCGUCGCCGUUUGGAAGCCAUGCAACGCAAGCAGCGACUCCGUUUGGAGGCGGAAGCAGCGGCACAGCGUUUGGAAGCGGAAGCACAGCGUCUGGCGGUGCUGCUGCAAGUCCGUUUGGUUCUACGACGGCAUUCGGUGCACCGUCGGCGGUCGGUGCAGGUAGCGGUGCGGCAUUUGGCGCAAGUGCUGCUGCCAAUCCGUUCGGAGGUGCUGCUGCCAAUCCGUUUGGAGGUGCUGCUGCCAACCCAUUUGGAGGUGCUGCAGCUACGUCUGUGUUCAGCAAACCGGCGACACCUGCAGGGAGUCCGUUUGGAGCGAACCCUACGUCCGCAUUUGGAGUGGCAACGCCGUCGUCUACAUCGCCGUUUAGUGGGCCUGCCACAGCCUUUGGCGAGAGCAGCACGAUGGGCACAGGUGUCGCGGGAUUCGGUCAGGACGCAGCGAGACCGGCAGCUUCACCGUUUGGUGGCAGCUCAGCGACGCCGGUAUCUUCACCUUUCGGUUCGUCGUUUGGCACACCUCCGGCCGUCACCCCAUUUGGCGGUACGCUGAGCACACCAGCAUCGGCUACCAGCCCUUUCGGUGGCGCCUCGUCGUCGAGUAACGCUACGAUCGCACCUUUUGGCGGGUCGUCAUCGGCAUUUGGCUCAUCGUCUGGCACCUCGACAGAGGCUGCGAAUCCAUUUGGAGCGCCUGCAUCGUUCAGCACAAGUUCCCCAUCCUCGUUUGCAGUGCCAUCCAGCAGUCCGUUCGGAGGCGUUCCAGCGCGUACAGCAAGUGCCAGCAAUGCCGUCGAAGCGCUUGGAAGCUCGGCAGUCGGUGCUCUACCUACGUCCAGCGGAUCCUCGACACCAUUGCCGCCUCCACUGACCCCACCAUCAAUACGUGGCCCACCUCCUGACGCUCGCGACGACGCUUGGAACGCAGAGCAGUUCCAGCGAGCAGAGUUCGCGUUGGGUAUGGUGCCGACUGUCCCGCCUCCACCACAGUUCUGCUAG